CCUGAAAUACUUCGCUCAAAUCUGGCAAACACUGUACUGACCUUGAAGAAGCUUGGCAUUGAUGAUCUUGUCCAUUUCGAUUUCAUGGACUCACCUGCGCCAGAAGUAUUGGAUGUCUUGAACUACUAGGGUGAAUUAACUGAAGAAGGGAACCUGACUAAACUGGGGAAGAUCAUGAGUGAAUUCCCUUUGGAUCCUCAGAUGUCAAAAAUGCUUAUUGUGAGUUCCGAAUUCAACUGUUCCAAUGAAAUCUCUGUUUCAGCAAUGCUAUCAGUACCCAAUUGCUUUCUUCGGCCUAAGGCUGAUCGGAGAGCUGCAGACCAAGCAAAAGCUCGAUUUGCACAUAUUAAUGGAGAUCAUCUCAUCCUUUUGAAUGUGUAUCACGAAUACAAGAAAAACAAGGACGACCCUCAAUGGUGUUACGAGAAUUUCAUCAACCAUAAGGCUCUCAAGGCUGCUGAUGAUGUGAGGCAACAAUUGGUUCUCAUUGUGGCAAGGUUCAAUCUGAAGCUACCUAGCAUAGAUUUCAUGAGCCAUGACUACUACACCAACAUAAGGAAAGCUACGUUGGCCUGGUAUUUCACGCAGGUUGCACAUCUUGAGAGUUCUGGACCUUCUUCUGGUCGCUAUUUGACUAUGAAAGACGGUGAACAGGUUGAUCUUCAUCCUCAGAGUUCAAACUGCACUGAUCGAAAGCCAGAGUGGGUGAUUUACAACGAGUAUGUAAUGAUGUCUGGGAAAUUUAACCGAACAGUUACAGAUGUUUGUGGGGAAUGGCUGUUGGACAUAGCACCGGACUACUAUGAACUUUCUAAUUUUCCGUGUGAGGCUAGGCGUGUUCUUGAGAAGCUUUACAAGAAGCAAGCUACAGAUCUGUGA